AUGGCGUCGUCUCUUCGACCACCACAAUCUAAACCGAGACGACUGGAUCGUUCUUCGCCAUACUCCAUGUUGAGCAAUUCUGCAAAGCGCUCGUCACGACAAACGCAUAAUCGGAUUCGGCUUGUCAUUGCUCUUGUCGGGCUUGUCCUUGCUGGUUUGGUGUAUUGGACACCGUUGGAUAGUUGGCUAUCAGGCAAGUAG